UGGUGUUUCCGCCCAAGCAAAAUGAAGAUCAGAUGGACAAUUAAUGACUCCAUUAUUGGCAUAGGAAGGAACCAAGCGAGUCGGUUUUUGUUUUUAUUUAUCAGUAUUUUAUUUAUUUGUUUAGUGUCUUCGAUAAAAAGUAAACUCUAUUUAUGGGAUUUGUCUAUCUAAUAGUAUUUUAAUAGUAUCUUAAAUAUUUUUCUUUCGUUUGACACGUUUAUCUCUUUAGAAGUAUUUUAAGUAGUCGGUAUCUUAUUCACCCCGUUGGUUUUGGUUUCCUUCUAGUCAUAUAUCCUGAAACGUAAUUUUGAAAUUGUGAACAUACCUUUAUUCGAUUACCGUUCUGCAUAUUUUAUUUUAUAUACAGCGUAAACAAGCAAAAGAUCUGUAAAACAGAAGGUUUUCUCUUUUUUUUUUCGGAUAUGCUGACCAAUCCAUUCCUUCCUAUCUCCGCUACUGAGAUUUUUAUGCAUUUUUGUUCGCUUCCAGACAAGUCUUAAUUACAAGUUUUGACUUUAUUGACGUGGAAUAAAUUAAACAGACCCCUAGGUUACUCGUUGCAUUUUGCAUAACGCUAUAAUCCAUUUUUUUCGCUUUUGACUGCAUAGGGAUUUGCUAGACAUCUCGGGUUAAAUUUUUGUCUUAGUCACUUUAAGGAUUUGAGGUAAAAAGUACUCGCUUGCUAGCCUGAGGCGUUUUCUUUGAUCUUUUUCUUGUUAUACAGUAUUUUGUUAUUUCCCUUUCAAGGAUGGAAAUUUGUGAUAAUCUUAAAUACGGCAUUUACAUGUGAAUUACUGCACCUGCCUACUUUGUAUUAUUGUCGGAUCAUCUCCCAACAGAUAAAACAAGGACUCGGUAGAGAAAAACGGGAUUUCUCCUUGAAACAUUAGUUUUUGUUUUCGUUUAAACCAAAGAGAGGAAGGAAAUGAUCAUUUAAUUAUUAUCCAAAAGGACAAACAAGAUGAAGUUAAAGAACGUCCAUGUUUAUAUCUUCUUAUUAUUAAAGAUUCUUUCUCUAACCGAUGACUUUUGCUGUAGUUAUCAAACUUUAAUUAAUACGGCAAAUGAUGGUAGCGUUAAGAGGAAGGAAUCAAAGCAUGUCUUCCCAUGGUGUUUAAAUGCUCCUUAAUUUUUCUGGUUACAGUUUUCCGCUCAAUCCCCCGGCCUAAACAAACAAACAGCUAUAGCGCAUAAUUCGCCUUCCAAAGAUAAAUAAACGGAGACCGAUUGAAAAAUUAUGAAACGGAGCUUGAUUGUGUAUUGGGUGACGUUGUUUUCACUUAGGAUUAUUUCAAGUGUGAGAACGUUUGCCUUUCAAAACGUCGCGCUAUUUCGUUUAUUUUCGGCUUUAGAAACGCGACAGUGAGAUAUUCCAAAGGUGUGGAAAUGGUAAAAUAACAAAAGGACACAAAGCUCAGCCAAUAGGAUUUCAGACGAUGCUGGUGUACAUGGAAGUAAAGUUUGAAUUAGCAUAACCCAUCAGUCAGUAUGGAAACAAGUUUCACAAGCGGCUGAUGUUUCCCUUUAUGAUCUGUCCCUUGGCUCUUUACAGGGAAUUCACACUUACUAUCAACACUAUACAACUUGUAUUCACAAGGCUUUCUUCUGCUUUACUUGGGACAAUUUUCCAUCGACUAAUAUUUAUGCGUACCUGAAGCGAUACGAGACUUUGUACGCUUAAUGGGGCCUUUAAGCGAGACCGAAGUCUUUGGCUUCUCCUUGUGUUUAUUUUUUAUGACUUUGGCCGCUGUGGUGAUGAAUUUCUUGGUCUGCUUGGUCGUCUACCGGAGUAAGGAGCUUCGCCGACACAUCUCAAGCGUUUUUAUUGUAAACCUUGCAGUUUGUGACUUCAUGAUGUCGAUUUUUGCGAUGCCGUAUUCGUUUGGAGCUGUUGUGGUUAAUCACUGGCCAUUUGGUAACUUUUGGUGUCAGACAACGGGAUUUUGGAACUUGGUUCUGAGCCUUGCUGCGGUGUUAACGCUCGCAACCAUUUCUAUCGAUCGCUAUAUUGCUGUGAUCAAACCCCUUCAGUAUCGCGCUAAGAUGACUCUUCAGUGGGCUCUGGUCAUGAUCGUUUUCGUCUGGAUUCAGGCGACCGUUUUUGCCAUCGCGCCAAUUGGACUGGGCUGGUACGAGUUUAACUCGCACUACUUUUUCUGCACAUUCCCAUCCGAACUUCAAACCGUUGAAUACAUUGCCUUCAAGGUAUUGACUUAUACGGCCAAUGUUGGCGUGUCAUUGCUUAUAUUACUUUCGACUUACUACAAGAUAUUUGGAGUUGCUAAGCUUCAUUCCCGUCGUAUUGGACACGCGGUUAUUAGCACUGUACACUUUGCUCCAGGAGUUCGGGGCGCCAUGUCCACGGAGUCGAGUCGUCAAAGAGAGUUUAAAGCCGCCCGCAAAAUCCUAUUCGUAAUAGGAGCGUUUGUGUGUUGCGUGGCACCUUACACUACGAUACGACUUAUCGAGUUAGUGAAGGGAUACCAGCCCUUAUCGCACCGUCUGACUAUUGCGUUUAGCUGGGUGGCGUAUCUUAAAAGCGCUAUUGACCCCUUUAUCUAUGGCUUGCUUCAAAGACGAUUCAGGCGCGCGCUCUUUGAGCUGUUUGUUGGUCCUCAGCGCGCUCGAAUGGCGCGAAACUCGCUGCCUUGUGGCCCGAUACGACUCAGUGUGCGCGCUAAAAGGCAGUCGUCCCAAAGCGAAACCUGGACGGCCGGACUGAACAUCGUUAAAAGUUCUUCGUUAGAUAGUUGAUUGCGCAGUACUAAGGUGUUACCCAACCCUUAUGAAUGAAAAUAACAUUAGACUGUAUUUACAAGGGCGAAAAAGAGAAGCUAGUUUUUUUACACAUUAAAGGCAUCAUUCAACCAAUAAAGAAAUGAUAUUUCAUUUUUCUCGGUAUUUGAGAAACAUUUCUUUCACUUAAGGAUACUUUGCCCAUGAAACCUUAAGAUUUCCUCGCGAGGUUUAGUCAGCUGUUCCCUUUGCUUCUCGAUUUUGUACAAAUUGUACCGAAGAAAAUAGAAACUGUAUAUUUUUGUAGACAUCCAAUGUCGUAGUAAAAGCUUGAUUGCUA